AUGGACCCUCGUGAUCGCCCGGGGCCAUCUCGCACUCCGCGACCGGUUCGCCAGCUUCAACGUGUUUUUGAAGAUCCCGGCCGUCCAAUGUCACCAGCCGCCGUUCAGCAAGCCAGGGAGACGCUAGCCGCUCGUAUGCGCAGAUCUCGUGACGAGCCCUACGACCCGAACCGCUACCUGCCCGACGAGUUGAAGCCGCUCAGGGACAGACGGCUUCCGCCCCAGAUUCGCCAAGUCGCCCCCGAGUCCUACGACGCUUACAUGAAAUUCCUGGGCACGGAGAAGCGUGUCGACACCUUCUUGGCCCGGAAGAAGCUUGAAAUGGGGCGCAAAAACCUGGUCGUGCCGCGCACCCUCCGCGUUUUCGUCAGUCACCAAUUUUUCCCGGGUGACGAGGACGGGAAGUUGCCAAUGUGGGAAUUGCGAGUGGAGGGCCGACUUUUGGGGCUGGAUGGCCAGGUUGAGGAUGAUGAACAGCGUCGCCAGAAAUUCUCUACGUAUCUGAAGAGCCUGGUGCUGGAGCUGGAUCGGGAGAUGUAUGGGCCGGACAAUUGCUUGGUCGAAUGGCAUCGAUUCCCGAACUGCAAUGAGACCGACGGGUUUCAGAUAAAACGCCCGGGCGACCGUCCUCUGCGCUGCAAUAUCCUGAUACUCCCGCUAAAUCCCCAAGCCAAGCUACAACUCAAGCCGAUGCUCCAGCGACUUCUCGGCAUCCAUUGCGAUACCCGUGACAAUAUUCGCGUGGCUCUUUGGGCGUACAUAAAAACGCACAAGCUGCAAGACGCCCAGGAUCAUAUCUGGAUCAACAACGACCGCUGGUUGCAGCAGAUUUUCGGAUGUGAGAGGAUGAGAUUUUGCGAUAUUCCACAUCUGCUACAACCACACCUAAAGGCGCCCGAACCGGCACGCAUCAAUUAUCGCAUCGAAAACAAGGGCCCCGGCACGGUGACGAGCUGCUAUGAUAUAAAUAUCGACGUUGGGAAUGUGUUGGCCGAAAACCUCAACCAUUUCAAUCAGGCCUACACAAAUCAAGCGGACAUGCUCCUCGUCAACUUCAAAAUUGAUACGAUGCUGAAGGAGAUUAUCGAGAAGCUGAAGACGUUCAAUUUCUACACCGAAUUCGCCCAGGAUCCACGAAGAUUUGUGAACAAAUGGGUGCGGACACAGUCGGCAGAGCUGCGGGCUUUUUCUGAUCUGCCUGGCGGUAGUGAGGCGGACCGGAUGGCCGAGACGUAUCAACAGCCCGCAUUUGAGGAGGCUGUCGGCCGGUAUUUAUACAUGAAAAUCAACGAGAAGCGCGGCGAGGUAAAAUGGGACGAUCGUCGAAGGGCCAUGGAGAAGAGCUACGUGCUGGUCAUCGUCUCGAGGAGCCGUUCUUCGAUUGACAAGUUCUACUCGGUCGCCUCGCCCGUCACCUACAUGCUCAGCUCCAGCGAUCGAGAGGGAUUU